UCUGUCUGUCUCCCCGGGGGACGAAAGUUCUUCAUGGCUCUCAUCAUGGAACCCGUUAGUAAAUGGACCCCGAGCCAGGUGGUGGACUGGAUGAAAGGCCUUGAUGAUUGUCUCCAGCAAUACAUCAAGAACUUUGAGAGAGAAAAAAUCAGCGGAGAUCAACUUCUGCGUAUUACUCACCAGGAACUAGAUGAGCUUGGCGUCACACGCAUUGGCCACCAGGAGCUUAUCCUAGAGGCGGUAGACCUGUUGUGUGCUUUGAACUAUGGGCUUGAAACAGAGAACCUUAAAACACUAUCUCACAAACUGAAUGCAUCUGCCAAAAAUCUUCAGAAUUUUAUAACUGGUCGAAGGAGGAGCGGACACUAUGAUGGAAGGUCCUCCAGGAGGUUACCUAAUGAUUUCCUGACAUCAGUGGUGGAUCUUAUAGGUGCAGCUAAAAGCUUACUGGCAUGGCUGGACAGAUCUCCAUUUGCUGCUGUGACAGACUAUUCAGUUACUCGAAACAAUGUCAUUCAGCUCUGCCUGGAACUGACUACUAUUGUACAACAAGACUGUACUGUUUAUGAAACUGAAAACAAGAUUCUUCACGUGUGUAAGACACUGUCAGGAGUCUGUGAUCACAUUAUCUCUCUCUCUUCUGAUCCACUGGUUUCACAGUCCGCUCACUUGGAGGUCAUUCAGCUGACAAACAUCAAACCCAAUGAAGGAUUGGGCAUGUACAUCAAAUCGACAUAUGAUGGUCUACAUGUAAUCACUGGCACAACUGAAAAUUCUCCUGCGGAUCGGUGCAAGAAAAUCCACGCUGGAGAUGAAGUGAUUCAGGUCAAUCAUCAGACUGUGGUAGGUUGGCAGUUGAAAAACCUGGUAAAUGCACUUCGAGAGGAUCCCAGUGGGGUUAUCUUAACGUUAAAGAAACGGCCUCAGAGCAUGCUCACCUCUGCACCUGCUUUGCUUAAGAAUAUGAGAUGGAAACCUCUAGCACUGCAGCCAAUCAUUCCAAAAAGUCCAACUGGGAGUGUUGCCACACCAACUGGUACUCUCAGUACCCCUACAAAGCGAGACAGUUCUGCGCUGCAGGACCUUUACAUUCCUCCUCCUCCAACAGAGCCAUAUACUCCCAGGGAUGAAAAAGGCAACCUUCCCAUUGAGGAGCCCAGCAGGCACGUUUUAGGCAAACCGGUGCACAAGGGAUCAGAGUCUCCCAAUUCUUUCCUGGAUCAAGAAUAUCGGAAACGUUUCACCAUGAUUGAGGGAGAUGCAAUGAUUCUCAGCUAUGAUUAUGACACAACCAGAUCAAGCGUUCCAGGCAGAAGAGAAAAUACUCUGACUUAUGGCAAACUAAGGCCAAUUUCCAUGCCAGUCGAAUACAGCUGGGUAGGAGAAUAUGAAGAUUCUUACAGACCAAAAAGGGAUGGACGAAGAGGCAACUCGCUAAUGAGGUACAUGAGUGAUGAUAAGAUCCCUAUCAUUCAAGAGGAGUAUUUAGUUAAAAGAGACACAGGCAAAAGAUCCAGAAAGAAGAGUGACAAGUUGGGCAGUCCUAAUCAUCCCAUCAGUCAUUAUGCCUUGCCAACACCGGUACAUCUAGAUGCUGUUCGACAGGAAUCCCUGAGCACACCUCUGCCAGAAACCAACACCAUCACUCUCUAUCACACAUUUCAGCAAUCCCUGGGACAGAAGUCUAAAAAAAGGAACAAAGGAACACAAGAUAACAGAAGCAGAGGUACCGUGACAGCCAUGAGCAGGAGACGAAUUUCUUGCAAGGAUCUCGGCCGUGGAGACUGUGAGGGUUGGCUGUGGAAGAAGAAGGACGCCAAGAGCUAUUUCUCUCAGAAGUGGAAAAAGUACUGGGUUGUGCUGAAAGAUGUCUCACUCUACUGGUACAUGAAUGAAGAAGACGAGAAGGCGGAAGGAUUUAUCUGCCUGUCGGAGUUCAAAAUUGACAGAGCGAGUGAAUGUCGGAAGAAGUAUGCAUUCAAAGCAUGCCAUCCCAAGAUUAAAAGCUUUUACUUUGCAGCAGAUAAUAUGGAUGAUAUGAACAGGUGGCUGAGCAGACUUGGCUUGGCUACAGUGGGGUAUGCAGAGAAAGAACAACGACUCAGACAGGAUCAAGAUUAUUGGAGUGAAAGUGAACAAGAGGAUGCAGACACACCAUCAACACCCAAGCAAGAGAGCCCACCACCUCCUUAUGACACCUACCCUCGACCGCCUUCAGUGAACUGUGCUAGUCCAUAUCUUGAACCUAAACAUAACAGACUGUCUUCAACGGAGACCUCUCAUUCACAUUCGUCCCAUGAGGAAUUCCGGCCAGAACCUUCCGCAAGUAUAGAAUCUCCUGCUCGUAAACCCGGGGCUUGGGAACGGCGCUCGUGGCAGGAUCUAAUAGAGACUCCAUUGACCAGCUCAGGGCUGCACUAUCUCCAGACUCUUCCUCUCGAGGAUUCUGUGUUUGGUGAAGCAGGCUUACCAACACCAGAACAUCGGAGGCAGUCAACUCUACCAGCACAGCGGUGCCAGAUCCAGGAUCACUAUGGACCUUUCCCAUUAGCAGAGGGUGAGCGAUGGCCAGGGCUCAGUGCUGGAGGGGGGAAGCCACGCAGUUUCACACUACCUCGAGAUGGCGGAUUCGCCCAUUCUUGCCAGAACUCCUCAAUCUGUCUCCCUGGAGCUCAGGCUGAAUUGGUUCAAAAGGAAGAAAUCGAAGAGGAAAAACAAGAGGAUAAAGAACCGGCGCCAGAGGAAACAGGGGACUCUUUGCAGGAUUUGUACAAGGCGCUGGAGAACGCCAGUGUGUCUCCUUUAGGAGAGCAUCGUCUUUCCACCAAACAGGAGUUCAAGAGGUCUUUCCAAAAGAGAUGUGAAAAUCCAGUCAUAAAUGAAAAAUUGCACAAGCUUAGAAUUCUAAAGAGCACAAUUAAGGCAAAAGAAGGAGAAGUCGCGAUUAUAGACAAGAUCCUAGACAAUCCUAGCUUGACGUCCAAAGAAUUCCAAGAAUGGAAACAAACCUAUGUAGAGCUUUUCAUGGAAAUCUGUCAGAACAAUGGAGCCACAGAAUCAGUAAAUGGUGCCAGUGAACAAGCUGCACCUACCCCAACACCACCUUUGAUGCACACCCACUCAUACAUUGAAACCCAUGUUUGAAUAGUUUCUCGAUAUCGUCUAGGGCUGGCUCUCGAAAAGAAAACUUAAACAUGGUCAGAAGGAGGUGGAGCUUGGUUGUCUCUUUAACCUGAUGUCAAAAAGACAGUGAAUUGUAUUAAUUAUCACAAGCCUUGCUGUUGCUGCUAUUGCUGCUGCAAGCCUGUAGUUUAUUCUUAAGCAUUGUGUGGUUUCAACCCUGCACUGCCACUAAUAAAACAAAACAAAUGACCACAGAUGCAAACGAAUAUUUUUGCACAUUGUAUUGCUUAGUCACUUGUGUACGUAUGCCAGAACCUAUUGCUUGAAAUAAGAAAAAAAAGACAAAAAAUAUCAUAAAUUCUAAAGUUAUACACCUGCUUGUCUUAGUGGUUAUAUCUGCAACAAUAAAUGGGAGGGAAAACUUUUAUAAUGUCGGAUAAUUCUAAAGAUUGUUUUCUCAACCAGAAUAUGUUCUAAAAUGACUAACUCAGAGUAUUUCCUAACUCUGUCCACUGCAAGUGAACAGGAAAGUGGCCUUCUUUCAAAACAGUUAAUAUGAAUUCAGUCUAUGAAAGGCAGGCGGAAAAUAAUACCCCUUGGUUUGGAUAAGGUUUCAAAUCAAGAAUGGCAUCCAAGAAGACACAUUUGUAUAAAAUGAAAAUAUAUGUACUGCAUGGGUACUGACAAAUGAAUUGUGGUUUUAUAUACUUGUCAUUAUCGCAAAGAUAAAUACUUGAGUAAGGACAUCAAGUUGUGGCACUUAUACCAAGCAUUAUGCCUCUGUUGUUCUGUACAUUGUGACAGAUUUUUUUUUGUAAUGGACCAAAAAAAUGUAUUGAUAUAAGAAAAAAAGUUAUUUCUACUUUGAGUGUAGUUUACAGGCUUUAAAGAUGCUGUAGUUAACUUGUUUUGAAGAAUAAAAUCUGUUGCUGUGCAACAGUUUUAUGGUUUGCACUUUACUUAGUAAAGAAUUGCAUUCAGUGUUUUAAAUUUUGGAAGAAAUUUCUCAAAGACUGCAUUAUUUCUAAGUGGCAAGUGUAGCAUGGAGUCGUAAAGUAGUCUUGUGAUACAAAAAUCAACCUUUCAACAAUAAUGUAUGUUAUUUGUUGUGUAUAUUUUAUUGUUCUUAUCGCUUAAAAGCA